CACUGUUAACGGCACUCUGUUAGGAACAUCAACAUCCCUGGCGUCUUGAUUUUAACUUUUUUUUAUAAAGCCAUUGCACCGAUUUUCCAUGUCCGAUUUCUAGGCGACGAGCGGAUGUGGACUGGCCAACAUGGAGGACCCGUGCAAACCGCCCCCGCCCGCCGUUUCCGUCGAGGAGCCGUUGCCCAAUGGAAAGAGUGGAGUGCACUUUAAGAUCCAUCUACCCGAGGAAGAACUUCUCGGCUCAGUUACCACCCACAACUGCCCCGGAACGCGGGCCAGUGCUCGGGUCAUUCAGAAAAUGAAGCAGGACCAGACGCGUCCUAUGACACCGCCGCCCAGCGAGCGGGAGCCGAGCAAGAAGGACGAGAAGGCCGCUCAAAAGACGCCCAGCCAGCUGAGGACGGGCAGCGGGAAGACCACCUGGACAAACGUGGAGCGCAACUGCUUCUUUGACGCGCUCAACGAGUUUGGCAAGGACUUCGAGGCGGUGGCCAACUGCAUCAACGCCAAGCUGAAGCGGCGCAACGCGAGCAGCGAUUAUAGCUUCAAGACCAAGGAUCAGGCGCGCCAGCACUACUACCAGACCUACCACAAGAUCUGCAAAUAUGUGCGCUACUCGGAGGAACUCAAAAAGCUUGCUCAGGAGCUGUACACGUUGAUUAACUACGGCGAGAUGCGCCGCAAGCUGCAGUUUCUCACGGAGAAACACUUCAUGAAGCUGAAGCAGCUGGUUUACCAGGGACAGAUCACUGUGCGCUGCAAGGGCAAAAAUAUCCGGAUCAAAACGCCGUCUUGCAAGGCGCUCCGGCGCCUCAAUCAACUAGAUGAUUCCCUCGAGGACAUCCGGCUGCCCAGCAAGGUGGAAGUGCUGGUGACGCCCGCCAACAUGGAGGCCUUCGGUCGAGUGCAGUCAUUGGCCCAGAAUCCGCGCAGCAGGAUCAUUGUUCCGCUGCACAAGAAGCUGAUCGGCUUCAUUAAGACGUUCGAGUACAAAUGGCGGAGUGCCAAUCAGCGUCUGCACGAGGAGAAGACCGCAUUCUUCCUCGGCAGCCUGGGCCCCGCUGCGUCCGCCACCAGCGCCUCGGUGAACAACAAUGAGCCGGAGACUCUGCAGCCGGCGGCUCCGUCGCUGGAUCCCUCGCUGUGCUUUCAGCCCAGGCCGGGAGUGGCAAUCCAUCGACCGCUGCUCAGCAUCACCGCCUAUUUAAGCAGCGUCAACAUCUGCCUGACCGCCUACGAGGAGCGCCUGGGCUUCAAGGUGCGCAGCGAAACGCUGGGCAGCUUGCCAGGCAUUGCAGCGGCGGCCGGCAAGAGACCCAGGACGGAAAGUGGCUCCGAGAAGCGUUCGCCGGAGGCCAAAAAGCCCAAGUCUGGUGCCAGUCCACCGCUGGAGAAGAGCUUGGACGACGUUCCUUUGGAGGGAAACCUACUAAAGCUGGAGAACAGCAGCGGCGACGAGCUGGGCGACGAGAUUCAGGAGUUUCUCGGCGACAUUGUGGAGGCCACUGCUGAAUCGCAGGCAGCCGCGACUACGGCUUCAUCUGAGGCCCUAGCUCGGGCUGCUGUGCCCGAAACUCCCGCUGAUCCUGUUCUUGUCCCGCCGGCUCCACCAGUCGGCAUUGAGCCGCCUGCUCCAUCGGCAACUGCUGCUGCUACUCCUGCGGCUGGUUCCCUGGUGGCUCCCCCGGCAGCUCGCUCCAAGCGCAAGGAAGCCAAGGAGGCGGCAGCAGCGGCGCAGGCUCGAAACUUUAAGCCGCUGCUGAGCGAUGAGAUCCUCAAGCGGAUCCGCAAGGGCUGGACGGAGGCCAAUGCUGCGGACAUAACCAUAGGCGAUCUGUACGUGGUCUUCGGCCAAGACUCCAAGCUCGAGCUCGAGUACUACUGGUGCGAGAUGGAAAAUGCGACGGGCCUGGCGGCCGAAGCCAGCUCGGCGGUUUCCACCCAAGUCCAAGCCGGCACUACCUCCUCCUCCGCCGCCUCAGCUAGCUCUUCCUCCGCCCCCAGCGCUUUCGCAAUCAAUCCGAGCACCUCGCUGCCCUACAACCCCAACGACUGUGAUAGCGUUGAACGCGUCAAGGCUGUCGCCAGCUCGUCGGUGAGCAACAGGCUGAAGCACCUGCUCCUGGUGGCCAAUCUCAGCGAGCGCGUGCGCAAGCGCCAGUGCACCUGCGGCCACACCUGCGACCGCAAGCGGGACCUGGUCAGCAAGGCGCAGCAGCUGGCGGAGGCGGCGGCUGCCGGCGGAGUGAGCGUGAUGGACGGCAGCUUCCGGACCCCGAUGCUCCCGGUGCGGCGGCCUAUAGCCAACAUCAUAGACCCCGUGAGACAGCUUUCAGCGCUCACGCGGCAGAAGAUCAGUCGCCAGGUACUCGUGCAGCGUCGACUCCUGCACCCCGCCUCAAUGGGGGGUCGUCCAUACGAUCCGUUGAGCGCGCGGCAGCUCCACAGCGGCCUCUUCGAGCCAAUCGAGGUGCUCGGCGGCACCAGCUCUGGUUCCAGUGGCGUCGGCACCUCCGACUCCGUAUCCGACCCAAAUGCGAGUGGAGCCUCGCAGGGCCAGCAACAGGAGCACCAGCAGGCAGUGCAGUUCCUCGACGAGGCAUCCGCCCAGGGCGGCGGUCGGGACAUGCCGAACUUGGACUUUUGUGUGGCUACCAGCAGCAGCGGAGUGAGCAGUUCCCUGGCCGAGGCUGUCCAGGACGAGAGCACAACACAAAACUUCUUCCACGGCAGCGUAAGCCCGAUGCACUUGCUCAGAGACUCAACUUCCAAUGCACGCUGGCUGGAGGAAAACAUCAACGACUUCUCGCUGACCUCGCUGCUGGGGCAUCUGGACGAGAUCGACGCAACCAGGGAUAUACUGGACCCCUCGUCGAGUAUGUCGGUAAUCAGCGAGAGCAGCGUGGACUUCCGUCACAAAUUCCAGGAGAUCGCCGCCCUGCUGCAGCAGCAGGAAAAGGAUUAGCAAUGGUAACUGCUGGAACUCAGACGUGCUUGCAUCGUCUUUGUCCGCAAUUCCGCGCCCUGAGCAACGAGAGGAAUAGAACCCAUGUGUGCCUCCAAGUCUCCUGUCCUAGGUUUUUUCACUAACUGAUAUUAUUCAUCCCACAUGUUGAAUGAACUAGCAUCUAUGUUUUACACCACUCCUUGUGAUCUAUUCUCAUUUUAUGUCUGCCAAGUAUUAGCAAGCACUCACAUUGUCUUAACAUAUAUAUUUAUUUAUACAUUAUUUUUAUGUAUCAUGCUAUAGAGCCACUCUCUCAGCGUCCUUCUUUGUCUUCUCGCUCGCACACUUGUUCCACACUCCUCUAAUUGGUUUAUAGCACGUAAGAUCGGUUCAGCAUAUGUAGUUCUCUAGCAUUUAACACCAACCUUCCAUUUGUGUAGAGAUUACCCCCUGUCCGCGAACCCAAGUUUCCCAAAAACAAAACUCAAAGGCUCCAUAAGUCUGGAAUUGUUUUCCCUGCCACAUCCCGCUCCUUGUUAACCUUAGAUAUUUAAUGCGUAAUUUAGGCGAGAGCAACAACACAACCUUUAAUACUAGUUGUAACAAUAACAGUUGAAACUUGUUAUGGAAAGGCAAAUAUCGAAAAUAAAAGCGAACAUAAACUUAA